ACCUAAUAUCAUUUGCCUCACAAUUUCUUGGUCAUACAUACCUCACAAUUUCACAAAUCAUAUUUUAUUCAAGGAUUAUGCUUAGAAAUUUAAGCCUCUCUUCUUCUAUUUUUUACAUAAAAUCGUCCCCAUUCUCAUUUCUUCUAGCUUCUCUUUUUUCAUGAGAUAAAAAAGUCAACACAUUGUGAAAAAAAUGGGACAAAGGAUUUCUUCUGCUAAAUCCUCAGCUUCUAAAUUGUGGUGUUUCAUCAAUCCACGUUUUGCUUCUUCUGAAUCUUUCACUCCAUUUUAUGGAAAUUAUGAAAAAUUGAAAUCACAAGAAGAUAGUUUCAAUCUCCAGAUACAUCCUUAUGAGCUGCAAUUUCCAUUUGAAUUGAAGAAGGAGAUAUCCUGCUCUUUGCAAUUGUCUAACAAGUCAGAUAAUUAUUUGGCUUUUAAGGUUAACACUCCAAAUCCAAACAAGUAUUAUGUUACGCCAAAUAUUGGAGCUGUGUUACCCAGGUCUACUUGUGAUAUUAUAGUUACAAUGCAAGCCCAAAAGGAAGCACCUCUUGACAUGCAAUGCAAAGAUGAAUUUGUCAUUCAAAGCAUAGAUGCAAAUCACAAAAGAUAUCACUCCAAAAAUGGAGCAACCACAAAAGAUAUAACUCCAGAAAUGUUUAAUAAAGAGUCCUGCUAUGAGGUUAAAGAGUGCAAAUUAAGAGUUGUCUAUAUUGCUCCUCCUCAACUACCAUCCCAGGUUCGAGAAGGAUCUGAUAAAGAUUUGAAAGCUUCCAAUAACAAGGUUGAACAGCAGGAUACUUCACUUCAGAUACAUCCUCAGGAGCUGCAAUUUCCCUUUGAAUUGAGGAAGCAAAUAUCAUGUUCUUUGCAGUUGUCUAACAAGUCAGAUAAUGAUGUAGCUUUCAAGGUUAAGACUACAAAUCCAAAGAAGUAUUGUGUUAGGCCUAACAAUGGAGUUGUGUUGCCUAGGUCUACUUUUGAUAUUAUAGUUAUAAUGCAAGCCCAAAAGCAGGCACCUCCUGACAUGCAAUGCAAAGAUAAGUUUCUCAUUCAAAGCAUAGUUGCAAACCACAAAAGUUAUCAUUCCAAAAAUGGAGCAACAACAAAAGAUAUCACUCCAGAAAUGUUUAAGAAAGAGUCUGGCUAUGAGGUUGAAGAGUGCAAGUUCAAAGUUGUUUACGUGCCUCCUCCUCAACCACCAUCCCUAGUUCGAGAAGGAUCUGAUGAAGAUUUGUCUUCGCGAGCAUCUGGCUUUCCAGAUAAGGCGAGAGCACUUAUUUCAAAGUUAACCGAGGAGAGGAAUUCUGCUAUUGACAAAUAUAAAAGGCUUGAGCAAGAACUGGUAUGGCAUUUAUUCCGUAAAUUUUCUUUUAUGGAUGCUUAUGCACAUUUUAUCUUUAAUGUUUAGCCUGUGAUGUUAAUUGUUAUCCUAUGAUCCUAUUUUGUUACUUUUAAUUGGUUGUUUUAUUUGAAUAUCAAAAUAUAGAUUAUCCCUGUCAUCAACAUGCCUGCUAACAACUUCAAAAUUUCAUUUUUUGGGAAAUGUGCGUACCUGGUUGACCGCAGGUUAGGGAUAGAGGCCCCUUCUUUUAACACUAUCACAUGGUUGUGACUCCUCUCAUGUGGCAGACCCUAAUCUUCCCAGAAAACCUCCUCAAAUUUUACUGAAACAAUCUCCAAUGAUGUUGGAAUCUAAUUCCCUCCUUUUGUUUCUUGUUGAUGCAGUGUGCACUCCACUAUAAAACACUUAUCUCUUUCUUGAAGCUCCUUGAUCAUAGUGUUUGUUAAAAUUUUGCCUUUACAAAGGGUAGGAGGUCCCCUUUCAGGGUGUACUUGACUCUAUCUUUCCUAACCUUUAGGGCUAAGUUUCUAAAAUUAGUUUUCAUUUUCACCAAGUCCUCCGAGACCACAAUCAAAAUUCUCAGCAUCUUAUUUUUGCAAACAUGCGCAGAUGAAUAUUUUUCAGUAUAUGUAAAACACAAACCUUAGCUCAUCUUUUCAUGAUACUCCUGGAAUUGUUAACAGUCUUAACUUUAUCUUUCGUACUUCCUCUAUUUUGUGUCCCCUCCUUGUUCACUCAUUCAGUUGGCUUGGGUUUUCUUAUUUCUACAUACGACGAUACUGAAGCACUAUAGCUAUCUCCCUGCGACGUGUUCUUUGAACUCUACCUUCAUUCUAAAACUGGGUUUUAUAUUUUGUGAAGCCCCAUUAUUCUUUUCAUGGAUUCCAUUCCUUUCAUCUCAUUUAGCGAACUUGGCCUAUGUAGUCUCAUUUCCAAUCUAAUCUCCUCCUCGACGUCGUUGGCAAAAAUUCCUGACACAAUUUCUGGCAGGGAAAUCUUUGAAUUGUUUCCUGUAUUCCUUUACUGCACCAUCUUGUUUCAAUCCCAGCAAGAUCUCAAAUAUGUUUUCCACCAUUGUGGGUUGUAAUCUUUUCAAGACUCGUCCAUCCACCUCUCUCCAUCCAACUCUCUCCAUCCAUCUCUCUGCAUCCCUCUCUGUCCAUCAGCCUCUCUCCAUCCGCCUCUCUCCAUCCGUCCCUCUCCAUCAGCCUCUCUCCAUCUCUCUCUCUCCAACCAUCUCUCUCUCUCUCUCUCUCCAUUCUCUCCAUCCAACUCUCUCAAUCUGUCUCUCCAUCCAUCUCUCUCCCUCCGCCUCUCCAUCCAACUCUCUCCAUUCAUCUCUCUACACCCAUCUCUCUCCAUCCGUCUCUCUCCAUCCAACUCUCUCCAACCAUCUCUCUCCAUCCUCUCCAUCCAUCUCUCUCCAUCCAUCCCUCUCCAGCCUCUCUCCAUCCUCUCAAUCCAACUCUCUUCAUCUCUCCUCCAUCCAACUCUCUCAAUUUGUCUCUCUCCAUCCAUCUCUCUCCAUCCGUCUCUCUCCAUCCAUCUCUCUCCAUCCGUCUCUCUCCAUUCUACAUCCAUCCCUCUCCAUCCAACUCUCUCCAUCUCUCCUCCAUCCAACUCUCUCAAUCUGUCUCUCUCCAUCCAUCUCUCUUCAUUUGUCUCUCUCCAUCCGCCUCUCUCCAUCCAACUCUCUUCAACCAACUCUCCAUUCAUCUCUCUCCAUCCAUCUCUCUCCCAUAGUAGUCGAACCCGCAGGAUCCCGGCGGAGCGUCCUGUCUCGGUGCCUUGCCGCUGCGAGUAGGGUGGGAGCGGUGCAGUUACAGUUCCCGGCCGCUACAGCCGGGAUCUCAGUGGAUCGGAGCAGAGCGGAUCCCGGCUCCAUAUCCCGGGUCAAGACUGUUAUUUCAUAUUAGUGGGUUUUAAAGGGUAUUUUUGAAAUUUGACUGUUUCUAGUAUGAGCACAAUUGGUUUUUUACAUGUCCUUUUGUUGUUAACACACUUAACCGUCAUUCUCACCAUCAUAUUCUCUCACCUUUUCACCAAUCCUCCGCUUCACCAUCAUCAAAGCUUCGAGUCUUCGUCUCUUCGACCACUUCACCUCAUCAAGGCUGAUGGGGAUUAUGUUGAAGAAGAUGAGUUUGAGAAUGAUUUUUAGACUUAUACUUUAAUGAUGAACUUGAGUUUUAAUUUUUAGUUACUUUAUUAAUCUAAGUGUUGGAGACUUGAAUAUUUUCAUGCUUCUUUAUUUGCUUGACUUUUGUUGGUAAUUUGGAUGUAAUGUUUGAUCAAGACUUGAGAUUUGUGUUUUGAAUUUUAAAUUUAUGAAUGAAUGUUUUAUGGAUUUUGAGAUGUUUGUUUAAUUUUACAUUAAUUAUAUGUUUAUAGUAUUAUUUAUGUAAUUUAAAAAAAAAAUAAAUGAAAUAGCGGCCUUCCCGCACCCGCGAUGCCGCUAUCCCAGUUUUGGGGUUGGCCGCUCCGCUCCACGAUCCGGGAUUAACUACUAUGCUCUCUCCAUCCGACCUAUAUCAUUUUCCUUGUCAAAAUUGUUUAAUGUAGAAGUUAAUUAUUGCACCAUAGUGUACAUUUUAUAACCAAUGGUUCUAUUGGAAAAUAAUUGAUUGAUUGAAUCUUGUCAUGCAUAGGAGCUUCUGAGGCGUGAGGCCAACAACAACUGUCAUACAUAGUAGACAUGUUGAUGAAAUCUAUAUCUGUAGACAUGCAGAUGACGGAUAGAGUUAUUUAUUUGUUCCAUUUUUUAGCCUCGUAUCAGUAGAAUAUAUGUUUAUUCCAACGACAUUUUCUUUAGUUUUGCUGUUGUAUGAAUUGCUUUAUUUUCUAGAUUAUAGACGGGUUGAUGAAAUC